AUGAAAUACCUAAUUCUCUUCGCCGUUUUCCUAGUCGUCUUCGUGAACUCUUUCGAGAUCGACUCGGGAUCUGAUGAUUGCGAUUGCGAUGACGACGCCGUCAUUGGUGAGGCUUCUGAUAGAUUUAACAAAGGCUUUCCGAAUUUCAGGAUCCCAAAUUGUGCUGGUCGGGCAAGUAGUUGGAAGUGGAAGAGGCCACAAACAUCACAGAGGACACCGACACCACGGCAGUCAUGGACAUCAUCACGGACACGGCGGAGUCGUGAUCGGAGCCGAGAGAGGAUGA